AUGAGCCGCCAGAAAACAGCAUUAAUAACAGGAGCUCUGUCAGGUAUCGGAUUCUCUACUGCACUUGAAUUCCAAAGCAGAGGAUACAGAACGUUUGCUUGUGCACGUCGGCUUGAGCCCAUGUUGGAGCUUGAGAAGAAGGGAGUAACUAUUUUCAGGAUGGAUGUGUCAGACUUGAAGAGCGUGCUUGAAGGGAAAGAACUUCUUGUUAGAGAGACUGGGGGUUUUUUGGAUGUGCUCUUCAAUAACGCUGGUCAAUCAUGUACCUUCCCAGCGCUUGAUGUCACAGACGAGCAAUUUAAGCAGUGCUUUGAAGUUAACGUAUUUGGUCCCGUCCGCUUAACAAGGGAGCUUGCACCGUUGUUGAUUAAUGCCAAAGGUGUGGUUGGAUUUACUGGCUCAGUAAGUGGUUUGAUUCCAUUUCCAUUCUCCUCGAUCUACUCGUCCACUAAAAGCGCUAUUCACCAAUAUGCCGCUGUUCUCAGACUCGAAAUGAAACCAUUUGAUGUAAAGGUAAUAAACAUUGUUACCGGAGGUGUCAAGACGGCCAUACAAGAUGAUAGACCGUUGCCACUGUCCUCGAUCUAUAACGUACCUGGAAUUGAACAAUCUUUAGAGGAAAGAAGGGCAAUGGCAGUAAGAAACAACCCCAUGGAUCCUUCUACCUACGCUUAUAAGGUAGCCAAUGACUUUGAGUCUGCAACCAUUAACGGUAAGUUAAACAUUUACAGAGGAAAAAUGGCAUCAUUUUUGGGAUACUUGUUAUGUUGGUGCCCGAGAUUCCUCGUUGAGAAAGUACUCAUCAGAAAAUUUCGUUUCACAAACAUCUUUAGUUACUUGAGAGAGAAGUACUCUAAAGCCAAGCUCGAAUAA